UAUCUCCCUCUUUAAAAAUCAAUUGUGCACGAAAAAAUCUGUUUACGCUUAAAAUAAAAAUACAGGUUAUGCGUUUAUUUUAAUGCACAGCCAAGAGCGACAAGGCGUCCCUGCGUCGUGCGGUAGGAAUAACGGCGGCGACGAGAAGAGGGUGUUGUCCUGAUGCUUAAAUGGAAGUGGGAGGGCCUCCGCGGUCACACAUUGCCAAGUUCUCUGUGGAUAUCACCCUGACACUUUCUUAUUUGUUCGUUUAUGGACUGUCAACACGGUAAGAGAGAGGUCCUGAGAAGCUGCGUAAAGCGUCUGUUCCGGACUCUACUGUGGUGUAUCUUUUCUUCAAUACUCGAUGUGUGCUUGAUUGUGCUGGCGCUUGGCACCGCCCUUCCUGGCCGGUGGGUGGUUUCGUCAAAGGGACAGAUCCGCCACGGCUCAGCGCCGAACAUAUAGGCCGUCCUCCGCCUCUGUACCCGGCCGGCCUUCUACCGUGAACUACACCCUCUCCCUCUCGGUAUAUUAAUGCGUUAUGAGUGACUCUAAGAAAGAAUCAUCUGGAACAGAAGGAGGGAAAGCAUCUAAAAAGGGCAAAAGUACUGGAUCACAGGAUUCCUCCCAGCCCUCCCCGUUGGCUCUGCUAGCUGCCACCUGCAGUAAGAUCGGGGGACAAGGGGGAACAGAGGGGGCUCAGACCCAGACAGGAACCCAGCAGACCCAGGUCCAGACUGGUCAGAUCCAGCUGCAGGCUGGUCAGCUCCAGGGGCAGAUAGUGUUGGACACAGCCGGGGCUCAAACACUGGUGCCCCAACAGCUGGAACUGGUCCCAGCUCAGUUCACAGGCAACGGCUGGCAGAUCAUUGCAGCAGCUCCAGCUAUGGCCAAGGAGAACAACAAUCAGCCUGUAGCUGUUACACUGGCUCCCACGUUGGUCAAUGACAGCUCUCCUGGUGGACGCAAGGUGAAGGCAGUUGGUGGGACCAACAGCGUAACAGCCGGGCAGCAGCAGUUCCAGAUCAUUCAGGUUCAGAAUCUGCCCAAUGCUGGCAGCGGGGUCCAGUACCAGGUCAUCCCACACCUGCAGACUGCUGAUGGACAGCCGAUUCACAUCAGCUCAGCCCAGCCCACCUCCAUUGGAGCUUUGGCAGAUCAAGUUCAACUCAUACCAACACAAAGUCCUGGCCAGACCCAGACCAUUCUUCAGCCUUCCACCCAGCAGGCCAUCCUGACAAGUACAGCCAAUCAGACUGUCCCACUCCAGAUUCGCCCUGCCCAGUCUUUCCCAAUCCAGCUCCAGACUAUUCAAGGCUCCCAAACCCCCAUGAUGACCACAGUACCUAUAAACCUCGGAGGCAUGACUCUAGCGUUACCUGUCAUUAAUAAUGUGGGCGCCACUGGAGCUGUGCAGUUAAUUCAAUCUGCAGAUGGCACGUUAUCUGUUGCUAACAGUAACCAGUUGGUGGCAACAGCCAUGUCAGGGGCAACUUCAGCUCCAACUGCCCCAGCAGGGGCUGUGAGUGAGGGUGACAGCACAUCGGAGGGGACACAAGUAGUGUCUGCAGGAGCCGAGGGAGGCGCUGACAUCCAAGCACAAGGAGGUGAGGUGGACUCUCAGAGCCAGGCUAAUGGGCUCCAGAAUCAGAGCGACUCCACUGGAAGCAUCCAGCAGGUGAUAGUGGGCCAGGUCGGACACCAGUUGCUUCAACAGAUCCAGCUGCAGCCCCAGACUCAGGGUCAGACCCAAGGCCAGCAGUCACAGCCCCAGCAUAUUCAGACAGUGCAACUGGCCCCGGGACAAACACUGCAGCCCAUCCAGGCUUUCCAAAACCCUGCACAGGUCCUCAUCCGCACACCCACCCUGUCGCCCUCAGGACAGAUCACCUGGCAGACCUUGCAGCUGCCUGGAGGAGUGUCCCUGCAGGGUGGGCUGGGCACUGCUGUGCCUCAACAGCUCACACUGGCUCCAGUCGCCAGUGGCACUACAGUUGGGGGUGGAGGCCUUGUGUCUCUUAGCGGAGCCCCUCUGACUCUGAGUGCGGCCCAGAUUAACCCAGGUUCUGGGGUUCAGACCGUCAGCAUCGCGGGACUAGGCACCGCUGGGGUCCAGGUGCAGGGUGUUCCCCUCACCAUCACUGGUCUACAGAGUCAACCUCAAAACCAGGAGGGAGUCAAAGUUCAACCAUCUCAAGUGACCGUCACUGUUGGUAACAUGGCAUCAAGCUCAUCCUUAAGUCCAGACCAGUUGGGCUCUGUUCAAAGCUCUUCAGACCAGGAGGGAGUGCCCAGUAAGAGGCUACGUCGUGUGGCCUGCUCCUGUCCCAACUGCAGGGAUGGGGAGGGAAGGAAUAGUGGAGACCCAUCAAAGAAAAAGCAGCACAUCUGUCACAUGGAGGGCUGUGGGAAGGUGUAUGGGAAGACAUCACACCUGCGAGCGCAUUUACGCUGGCACACAGGCGAGAGGCCAUUUGUUUGCAACUGGAUUUUUUGUGGAAAGCGGUUCACAAGAAGUGAUGAGCUACAAAGACACAGAAGAACACACACGGGGGAAAAACGAUUUGAGUGCCCAGAGUGCUCCAAGAGAUUCAUGCGAAGUGACCACCUGUCCAAGCACAUCAAGACUCAUCAGAACAAGAAAGGCGGAGCAGCAGUGGCCAUCAUCACUACUGACGACCUGGAGGAGGAUGUUGCAGAGGGCUUGGGCUCGUCGCCACAGAUUGUUGCCGUGGGAACUCUGAAUCGAGACUCUGACCCAGCCACACCCACAACCUCCAAUCACCUGGAGGAGGAGGAAGAUGAGGAGGCAGCUGACUCUUGCUUGUACACAGAAGGAUAAUUUCCUGUUUGUGAAACCUGCAGAUUCUAAAUGAUGGUUGUGUCACGAUAUAUAAAAUUUAAAGGAAUUUGAAAAAGAAGAUAUGAAGAUAGUAGAUAAAAUACCUUUGUGUAAAAAUAGUUGGCUUUUAUAAAAUUAAUCUAUCAUUCCAUCUGCAGUGGGGAAAGUAAAACGAGAUUAGCACAAGACCCGAUGACAAAAAACAUAUAACUAUAAAGACCUUUCCUAAUCAUGACAGAAUCUCUAUGCACAAAGUUGCGUUCUGUUUCUUAUGUACAUUUCCCGCAAUGCUGAGGGUCAAUCAUACUUUAAGACUGUUUAAAGCUGUGAAAGAGCAGUGGCAGUCAUGAGAAGGAGAGGGUAUUUUUGUGCAUGUUGGUAUGAGUGAUGUCUCCCAUGGAUGAAGAUCUACCUAAGUAUAUGUCGUAAUGGAUCAGCUUGUAGUCCUCAAGUUUAAUUCAGGUGUUUGUGUUUUUGUGAUGACUUGACUGACAAAUCUUUGGCAGUCAAGCUGGACUUUGAAGAAAAAUGAGUAAGCACAUAUGAAAGAUUUAUUUUACAAAAUGCAUUCCUAUUAUGAGGCACAGUGGCCAUUCGAAGUAAAAUGUUUCUAUAAUGAAAAACAAUCUAGCUUUCUACAACUUUGUUCAGUGAAAGCAAUACUUCUGCGACAAUCCUAUUGAAGUCAUGUUUACAUUGUCAGGGGAUUUUUUUCUGUUUAUAAGCAAGUCUAUUCACUCUGUGAUAAAGGGACUUAUCAGAUAGGAGUGACGCUGUCUUAAAACACAAGGUACCACUACAAUCUGAUGGGUCGUGUAACAACAGCACUUAAACUGUUGCUUUCAAGCGGUUUAUCCCACCUUUCUCACUGGUGUGCGACCCAUAUAGGACAAUUGCCUUAACACAAGUAGUUGUACACUAGCCUAGCCAGUCAAGACAACGUGCUUUUCCUAUAGAAUGUAGAGCGCACCAGUCUGCCUGUCAGGCUAGUUGUAAGCUGAGAGCCGCUGAAAAGGUGGUUUAUGUCAAAGAUGGCGUGCCAGAGGUGGGUGUGAGACAGGCUAUUUAUGUGCAUAUAAUGAAAUGUUUUCUAGUGAUGUUGCUCUGUAUUAUUCUGUGCGUACAUUAUUUUAAAUUUUAUUUGAGAGUUUAUCAUUCUUUUUAAUGUCCCCUUGCAUUUUAUUAGCACACAGGUCCGUCUGUGUACACUAACUUAUUUAUCCUUGAUUUGUAAUAUUUGCCUUUUGCUGGACUUAUAUUGUGAGUUUGUGUACAGCAUGUUUGUUUUUUGCCCAGUGCUGCUUUUUACUCGACUUGUGCUAUACAUUUCUUUUCAGCGUCUGAUAAUUGCUUUUCUUGUUCUCUUUGCACCAUAAUAUGUUUUUACAAAAUACAUAUAAAAAGAAUGCAAAAAGCUACAGUUGUUAACCAAACAGAUUUAGAUGUUUUGGUAAACUUUCGUGUGUCGACCAACUUUUCUUUGAUAUUUUGUAGUGAAAUCUCAUUUGUAAAUCUUUUUCUAAAGAUGUUUGUUUGUCUUCAUGACAUUUGAUAAUGGUUAGCCUUAAAGGCUCCAGUU